AGUCAGUGUCUACGUUUCAGCUGAUACGGAUGGAUAAAAAAAAAAAAAAAAAAUUUCAUUCAACAUUUAUUAGCUGUAUCAUUUGAAAAAUUUAAUACAAUAAAUUAAUUUUAAAGUGUGAUUGUUAAUAAUAAAUACAAUAAUUUAUGAUAUAUAUAAAAAAAAUAUAAAAAAUAAAUUUAUUGUGAUAACAGAUGGUUUUUAAAAUAAUAUAAAAACAAAUGGACCUUCAAAAGACACCUCGAUCGAUGAAUAAUAAAUAUGAAGUUUCUGGUGUUGAUAAUAGAACAAAGUGGAGAAAUUUCAUAGCAUUUUGGGUACUUGGAUUAUGCAACAAUUAUGGAUACGUUAUUGUCUUGUCAGCAGCUCAUGACAUCCUAGAAUCAAGAUUUGGAAAUAAUGAACCAAUUGAUCCAGUAAUAAAUAAUUCAACAACAAUUAAUUCAAGAAAUUGCAAUGAAUUAUCAACUGGUGCAAUUUUACUUGCAGAUAUUUUGCCUUGUUUAAUUGUCAAAUUAAUUGGUCCAUUUUUUCCCUACUACAUUCAUGUUCGAGUUUCAAUAUGUAUCAUAUCUUCAUUCACUGGAUUCAUAGCUGUUGCAUUAGGAACAACGAAAUGGAUGACAAUAUUUGGAGUUGUUUUAACAUCAAUUGCAUCUGGCUUGGGAGAGGCAUCAUUCAUGAGUUAUCUUCACAAAUAUUCAAAAACAAACAUAACAGCCUGGUCAUCUGGAACAGGUGGAGCUGGAAUAAUUGGCUCAAUUUCAUAUGCUGGAUUAAGAAUGAUAUUCAAUAUUGAAACGACAAUACUCGUUAUGUUAAUUGUACCAAUAUCAGAAGCAAUUGCAUUUUGGCUAAUACUCGUACAUCCAAAAGACAAAAUAAUUAUUGAUUAUGGUGUUGAUAGCCAAGAAGAGAUUAUUAAAUUUCCAAAGAAAAAUUUAAAACAAAAAUUUGAACUGUUACCGAGACUUUUAGUUUAUGCAAUUCCACUUGGUCUUGUUUAUUUAUUUGAAUAUUUUAUAAAUAUGGGGUUGUAUGAGUUGAUACAGUUUGAUGAUAUUUGGCUUAAUCAUGGUGAACAAUACAGAUGGCUUCAAGCAGACUAUCAAAUUGGUGUUUUUAUAUCAAGGUCAUCUGCCAGUUUUAUUACAUUUAACCGCAUUUGGUUGAUGGCUGUUUUUCAGUUUUUAAAUGUUAUUUUAUUUACAACUGAAGCUAUACUUUUUUAUGUACCGAAUAUUUGGAUUAUUUUUGCUUUAACACUUUGGGAAGGUCUACUCGGUGGUGGAGCUUAUGUAAAUACAUUUCAUAAAAUGUCUGAUGAGAUACCAUCUGAUGAUCUCAGAGAAUCAUUGGGAAUUGUAACAAUUGCCGAUUCGCUGGGAAUCACAAUUGCAGGCUGGAUUUCUAUGAUUGGUCACGAUGCAAUUUGUAAAAUUUCCAGACCAAUUCGAUGAAUUGUUAUUUAAAAUUUAAUAUAUAUAAUUAAUUAGUUUGUUUUUUUUAUUUAUUAUUAUAUAUCUUUUUUUUUUUACUAUAGACAAAAGAGUAAUAAAAAAUUGUCAAUUUAAAAUGUUAUACGAAAAAAAAUAUAUAUAUAUAUUCCUCAGAAUUAUUAUGGAAAUUAUUCAUUUAGUGAUAAUAUUUUUAUCUUAUCAAUGCAACGUAUGAUUACAAUAUAAUGAGUGGAGGAAAUGUAAUAGAAGAAUAUUUUAUUUUUGUCUUAUCGUCGUUUGAUUGUGUUUUUUUUAUUUGUAUUUUUCCACUAUGUAGAAAGUCUAUUUUAAAUUUUAGAAAAUAAUUAAAAUAUCAUGUGGUUUAAUUUAUAAAAGAAAUAAAAUUAUUACACCGAGUUUGUUUACUAAUAAAUGGAAUACAAAAAGAAAAUGAACAUAAUUUUUUUAUGGCAUACUAACCUAGGGAUUAAUUAAUUCAUUAACAACAGUGAUGGAUUCAUAUCCACAGAGACCUCAAUAAUAAAAAAAAAAAAACAUAAUUAAAGCA